GAGAUUGCGAACUUUGUACCCAGACCUGCUCCGCGGGUCUCCGUGGUCCUGACCUCCGCCCCGAUGUGUUUCUUGGCUGAUACUCGGGCUUCCUCGGGUUAAUGUCCAACUGGGGGUCUGCCGAGACCGGAUCAGAGGAGCCGCCGCUGGACGGGAAUCUAAGAUGAAGUUAUGGGAUAUUGUGGCUCUCUGCCUGGUACUGCUCCACACUGUGUCCGCCUUCCCUCUGCCUGCUGGUAAGAAGCAUCCCGGAGGGCCAGAAGAAGAGUACUCCCCCAACCGACUGGCUCCCUAUGCUGUGAGAAGUGACUCAAAUAUGCCAGAAUAUUAUCCUGACCAGUUGGAUGAUGUUGUGGAUUUUAUUCACAACACAAUCAAAAGACUGAAAAGGUCACCACCGGACAAACAAGCGGAAUUAUUUCCUCGGCGGGAGAGGAACAGACAAGCUGGAGCAACCAACGCCGAUAGGAAGAGGCAGAGGGGACAGAGGGGCAGAAACCGGGGCUGUGUCUUGACCGCUAUACAUUUAAACGUGACAGACUUGGGUUUGGGUUAUGAAACCAAAGAAGAACUGAUUUUUCGAUAUUGCAGCGGAUCUUGUGAUGCAGCUGAGACCACAUAUGACAAAAUAUUAAAAAACUUAACCAAAAAGAAAAGGCUGAUGAGUGACAAAGUUGGGCAGGCCUGUUGCCGGCCCACCGCUUUUGACGAUGACCUGUCAUUUUUAGACGAUAAUUUGAUUUACCAUAUACUGAGAAAACAUUCCGCUAAAAGGUGUGGAUGUAUCUGACUCUGUUUCCGGGAGACGGCUAUGUAUUGCAUUCCUGCUACAGUGCAAAGAAAGGGACCAAGGUUCCCAGGAAAUGUUUGCCCAGAAUGGAGAAUGAGGACCAAGGAUGAAGAUGAAGGAGGAGAAACAGGCAGAAGUCAGCCGUCAUGGGAGCCUGGUGGAGGGAGAUCCAGCUACAGAUGGCUGGAUAGGAGAGAGAACGGCCCUCUCAUUUCUACAGGAAAGCAACUUAAAGGCAUCACAAGCACAGGGCUGGUGUUCCUGGAUGGGUGUUGCCACUGGCAUUUCAUUUGGUACAAUCCACUAUCACCUAGCAUCAGCUCGGAAUGUGCCGAAAGGACACAAUCACUUAGUCUCCUGUGGUUCGUUUUCACAUGUUUAGUUACACCAGUCAGAAGAUGCUGGUGUAAACUCGCGUGGCAUUAAGAGUCAUUACUGAAAGUCAGGAAUUUUAUAUUUUUUUUUCUGUCACUCAGUUAGGGCAUACUUAUCCCCUCCUCCCAUGUUCCCUUCUCCCUUCCCCCCCCCUCAAAAAAUAUAUAUAUAUACAAAACAAACAGACACUAGAGACAGCCUUUUCACUUUGCAAUUGAAGCCUAAGGUAUACUUGGACAGGAAUCUAAUGGUUCAAUGAUUUUGAACAUAGUGUGUUGGGUGGGAAGAAAUUGGACAGAAACUAACAGGCUGUUUUCACUGACUAAAGAAAACCUGAAAGUAUUUUUUUUAAAUAUAUACUCUUGGAAAAGGAAAGGAGUUGUGGUUUUAAGCAGCAUAUAUUUCUAGGAGAGUGAGGGGGAAAACAAGCCCAGAUGCACCAUGGUGUCCAAAGAGACGGACAGGUCUCUUUCAGUUGGACAGAUAUCACAUCAUCACUACAUUUAUACUUGGUCGCCAGUGGCCAGAUAGACUACUUGAUGCAAUGCAUCCAUUUCAGAUACAGAAAUAUAUAGAAGAUAUUUAUUGAGAUUUAAGUUAUUGUUAUUUAUUACAGUUCACUAAUGAGUUUCUUUUUUCCCCUUAUUUAUUAAAAUUUCUUUUUCAAAGGUGCCAAAGUGUAACGUGAUUGCAAAAUACAAAGAAAGAAAGAAAAAGAAUCAAAUUGGGAACAAGGGUCCAUGCUUUUAAAAAUGUUAACAGUUUUUGGGUAGCCAAAAAAAAAAAUCACUUACUUUACCUUUUUCCACAAAACUUCCUGGUUAAAUUCUGUAAGUCUACCUGUUUGCUGUCCAUUUACCUAAAAACGAGCAGAGAAGCAAUGUUUCUGAGGGACCCCUCCACACACACCCCCUUUCUCAGAUGAUUUCCGCAAUCAGUGAGCAGAGCCCAGUGGCACUUGGCUGUAUUCUCUGUUGCUCCAACUCAGAACAUACAUGCCAUCAUUUCCACUCUGUGUUACAUGUACGUAAGCUUUUUUUUUCCUUCUACAUAUAUUUAUCUACAAUAUGCCUAAAUAUAUAUAUAAAAGGCAUAACACCUUUUAGUAGUUAGUCCUGGAUUUUAAUGUCGACUAAAAGGUAAACAGUUCAUGGUCAGUAACAGCCAGAGUUCUGCUACGAUCCACCAAGAGUCAUUCACACGACGUUCCAAUCUCUCCACCAAACCAAACAUCUGAUUUAAGAAGGAAAUAUUCUGAGCUAGGAGCCAGGUGCUGACAAAUGGUCACCUUCCCAAAAGUAGAUUGCCCUGUUUCCCCCCAAAAGCUUUUUGACUACAACCUCAGACCAGUAAGAACCUCAACCUCAACCAAUAAGUUGUUCCUUUUGUGUAAAAUUCCUUUAGGGUAACACAACACGACUGAGGAAGUCAGAAAAAAGCACAUAUGUGGCUGGAUUAAAGUUCCCUCUAAGAUUCUGGGAGAUGGAGUGGAAGAAAGGAUGGGGAUGGCCAUCUUUGCCAGUGUCCCUAAAGUGGGUUUUCUGACAAGCUAAUUAGGAUGUGUUUUCCCAGAGAAAAUCAGCGUCGGGCCCCCUAUGUUGUCGCUUUCAUACUUGUUUUCAUUUCUUCAGAAGAGAGGUUUUAUUUUUUUAAUCAAGAAAAGACACGUGGCUAUUAAUAACAAUGGUUUGAUGAGAGUUGGGCAUUCAAAUUGGCUGCCAAUUAAUUAGCCAUGCUCCUUUGCAAAUCAGCCCAAGAGCUACCAACGAUAAACCUUGUGAGCCCCGAAUUCUCCUCCUCCCCACCCGAGCUUGGCCCUUUCUGCACCUCUAGAUUGGAAGCCCAGGAUAGGAUGGACCCAUCCCUCCCAGCGGGAUGGGAAAGCCAAGCCAUGGAACUCUUCGAGGAGACAAACCUGUUUGUUAAUUCUCUGUAAGGUUUCAGAAGUGUACCCCCAGAGUCACCCAUCUUGCUAAAUGAUCAACUGGGUGCAGAGUAAACGGCUGAUUUCUUUUUUAAAGUUUCAGCCGAAAUUAGCUUGCAGCCUUAGAAUCGGAGCCCUUGCAACAUUUCAGGGGGUGCUACGGGCAGAUUCUGUGGGUGCCCUCCACACCAUAAGCAGGUUUCAACUUUUGCAGAUCUCAAUAUAACUGAUAUACAAAAGGGUAAAGUUUGUGAUUUUUCAUCAUUAUUAUUCUAAUUAUUAUUAGUAGUAGUAUUACCAUCUAAAAUAGGAGUGCACUUCUUUUGGAAGUUCUGAUUUCACCUCUGAUCUAUGUCUCAGUCAUUUGUGUUAUACAACCAAAGUUCUCUACAAACUUUAUUUUUGUACAAUAUCAUUUUGUAACUUUUUACAAAUAAAAGCUCAUUUCUAUCGUU